GACACCACACCCAUCUGUAAGUGUGUGUGCAUGAGUUAAACGUGUGUGUGUGUGUGUGUGUGUGUGUGUGUGUGUGUUGUCUAGCAUACGCUCUGUUGUGUUGACUCGUCUCAGAGCUGCCUGCUGACUCUCAGAGCUGGUCGACAUCAGCAUGGAUCCCUACCUGACUCCAGCCCCCGUUACUGAAGUAUCAUCAGAAAUUACUGAAUCUGUGACCAAGAUAGCAACAACAGGCGUCGACGCAGAUGAUGGAGAUUUAGCAGCUUUAAUCGGAGGAGUGGUCAGUGCGGUUCUGGUGCUGCUGAUCUGCAUCAUCACUGUGUUGCUGUGGUGUCUCUCCAGACAUAAAGGCUCGUACGUCACCAACGAGACGGACGAUGACGACGACAUCAACGACGACGAGUCGGUCGGUUCUGACACGGCGCUGCAAAGCAAAGAGCCUCUGAAGAAGAAAGACGAGGAGUAAAGAGGAAAAAUUAGAAAAACAUCAACUCCAGUAGCUCUCAUGUGGACGACUGAAGAGUUUAGUAGCUUUGAAUGAAACCACAAAGAUGUGAGAAGGGAAAUCUAUCAGAAGUAGCCCGUUUUCUAAAGCUGCACUGAGCAACUUUGCACAUUGGCGCCACCAAAUGGCAGCAAAACGUAACUGUUUGUAAAGUGAGGGGUUGAGCUCUCAGAAACUCCGUUGAUUAUAAAAAAAAAACUAACUGGCAUUUGAUUUUUCUGCAGUCCAGACCUGCAUUUUCAUUACUCAUUCAUAAAAAAUACACUUUGUUUAUUUUAAGUCAAAACUAAAAAUGUCAAAAUCAACUAUUUAACGUCAUAAACGGUGAUCUAUGGUGGUUCUGAGGUGACAAACGUACCAACAAAAACACAAAACUCAACUUUUUCUUAAAAGAAAACACAACACACUUCUUUGAAAACAGAAAUAGAAAAUAAAACUUUUUUUAAGACUGCCGCAAACAAGGCAAAAUUUCAGAAAAUAUUUUAGAAAAUACUGCAUUUAGCGUCUUUGAGUUAUUGGAAAAGCGCUUUAUAAAUAAAAUUUAUUAUUAUUAUUAUUAUUAUUAUUAUUAUUAUUAUUAUUAUUUAUUAUUGUUUUUUCUGUUAUUGUAUGCUUUCUGUUUGAAAAUACAAAAACAAACACAAAUAUAAGUAAAAAGUGCAACAAAAUUUACAAAAAACAAAAACAGCAUUUUUGAACGCUGCUUUUUUCACUUGUUACUGUUUUAUUUGUGUCAUUAGUGUGUUUCCUGACAUUUAGCUGUUUUUAAAUAGUUUUUUUAAUAGUUUUUUCUACAUCCAUUCAUCCCAUUCUUCUUCAUGUAUGUCUUCAAAUUCAACAUUGAAUAGAUUUUAAUUAUGAAAUGUGAUUUCUUAUCGUUGCCGUUUUGCACCUCAGGAGCACCGAUUGUUUACACAAAAAAUGUGAUUAUGUGCAUCUAAUCGGACAGACAAACUCAAAGAAUCAAACAAAAUGCGUCAUUUUUGUUGCGGUAGAAUGAAAUUUGCAAUAAUAGCAACAAAUUCAGCUGAAAAUAUCUCCAAAUGCUUCAGGAAAAAUGCCUGUUUUUUCAAAAUUCAAAGCUUUAAUUCAGUUUUCAUGGCAGUUCUACGUAAACAUGAAGUAUAUUUCAGUUUGUGGAGAAUCACCUGGAGCUUUUCUGCCUCAGAUGUCUAAUUUUCAUCAUUUCACAUCAGGCAAAUGUGAUUUUUACAGCAGAAUAAACGUCCUGCCAAAGAAGCUGUGAGGCUAAACUAGCUAACGAAGCAGAUGCUGAUAAACAUUUAAACUGUUGGUUUUCCACCCCGUUUGCUGCCAUAUUUUAACUCCUAACUGCAGAUCGGACUCUGACUAACCCGUUCAUUUGGCAAUUUUCUUUCCCAAAUGGUGCAUUUCUGUCUGUUUUUUUCACUAUUUGACUGGAUGUUUUUCGACAAACAGAAAGAAAAAAUGAGAAGCAGCGAGGUGCAACACGAAUAGUAGAAGCAAAUCGAUGCUUUGUUGGAACAAGUCCGUGUUUUGUACUGUUAAAAUUGUGUGACAGAAGAAUUUUAGUGGUUUCUUAUAUUGUGAUGCUUUUCUAAGAAUAAAGGUUCGACUUUCUGA